UGGUUUCUUGCCUCCCUCGAACAGGGCUGCGCAACCACUACGAACAGCUGUUUGUCGAUUGUGUGAGUCAGUGUAUUUAGAAAAUCUUAAAUUUCGCGUGAUAAACAUUUAAUUGCAAUUUAUUUGUAAAUACACAAUUUGUGCUGCAUAAAAUGGCAAGUGAAAUGGCGCACCGAAUGAAGGCCAUCAAAUGCUCAACGGACGAACAAUCGCUGACGAACAAGGUGAUUGUUAACAGCGCUGAUUUCACCGAGGAAGUCAAAUAUGUGGACAUUUCACCGGGUCCCGGACAGCAUUACAUAUUCGUGCUGGAGAAGAUCUCGGAUCUGCCACGUGGCCAUGUGGGCUUUUCGAGGGUGCAGCGCAAGUGGGCAACCUUGUCCAUCAAUCAGGAGAUCGAUGUGCGACCCUACCGCUUCGAUGCCAGUGCUGACAUCAUCACACUAGUCUCCUUCGAGACGGAUUUCCUGCAAAAGAAAACCAUCUCUCAGGAGCCGUACGACUCUGACGAAAUGGCCAAGGAAUUUAUCAUGCAAUUCUCGGGUAUGGCGUUGACAGUUGGACAACCCCUUGUCUUCAAUUUCAAGGACAAAAAGCUCCUGGGACUCGCCGUCAAGACCCUGGAAGCUAUCGAUCCGCGCACUGUGGGCGAUGGCAAAGAAGCAAAGACACGUAAUGUGCACUUUGGACGCGUUCUGGGCAAUACUGUGGUGCAGUUCGAGAAAGCUGAGAACUCGGUGCUGAAUCUCCAGGGACGCUCCAAGGGCAAGAUUGUGCGACAAUCCAUCAUCAAUCCCGACUGGGACUUCGGCAAGAUGGGUAUUGGUGGCCUGGACAACGAGUUUAAUGCCAUCUUUCGACGUGCCUUUGCCUCACGUGUCUUUCCCCCUGAGCUCGUGGAGCAAUUGGGCAUUAAGCACGUGAAAGGUAUACUGCUCUAUGGACCUCCAGGAACGGGUAAAACUUUGAUGGCGCGACAGAUUGGCACUAUGCUCAAUGCACGAGAACCCAAGAUUGUGAAUGGUCCGCAGAUUCUUGAUAAAUACGUUGGCGAAUCGGAGGCCAAUAUCAGACGUCUAUUCGCCGAGGCAGAGGAGGAGGAAAAGCGACUGGGACCUAACAGUGGAUUGCACAUCAUUAUCUUCGAUGAGAUCGAUGCCAUUUGCAAGGCACGUGGAUCAGUUGCUGGAAAUAGUGGUGUUCACGAUACGGUCGUAAAUCAACUGCUAGCCAAGAUCGAUGGCGUGGAGCAGCUGAACAAUAUUUUAGUUAUUGGUAUGACAAAUCGUCGCGAUAUGAUUGACGAGGCGCUCCUGCGUCCCGGACGUCUUGAGGUGCAAAUGGAGAUCAGUCUGCCCAAUGAGCAGGGACGUGUGCAGAUUCUCAACAUACACACGAAGCGAAUGCGCGAGUUCAACAAGAUUGCAGGUGACGUUGACAACACAGAGAUUGCAGCGCGCACGAAGAACUUCAGUGGCGCUGAGCUUGAGGGUUUGGUGCGAGCCGCUCAAUCGACGGCCAUGAAUCGUUUGAUCAAGGCCGACGCCAAGGUGCAUGUGGAUCCCGAGGCCAUGGAGAAGCUGAAAGUGACACGUUCCGAUUUCUUGCAUGCUCUGGAGAACGACAUCAAGCCUGCCUUUGGUGCGGCGCAAGAGAUGCUGGAGAAUAUGUUGGCGCGAGGCGUGAUCAACUGGGGUCAACCCGUGACCAGUUUGCUGGAGGAUGGUAUGUUGUAUGUGCAGCAAGCAAAGGCAUCAGAGAGCUCGGGACUCGUCUCCGUGCUCAUCGAGGGUGCUCCCAAUUCGGGCAAAUCGGCGCUGGCCGCCAAUCUGGCCAAGAUGAGCGACUUUCCCUUUGUCAAGGUCUGUUCGCCCGAAGACAUGGUCGGUUUCACGGAAUCCGCCAAGUGUCUGAACAUACGCAAGAUCUUCGAUGACGCAUAUCGCUCCACGCUUAGCUGCAUCGUCGUAGACAAUGUGGAGCGACUGCUCGACUAUGGACCCAUUGGACCGCGCUAUUCCAACCUUACGUUGCAAGCGUUGCUGGUGCUGCUCAAGAAACAGCCACCUAAGGGCCGCAAGCUGCUUAUCUUGUGCACUUCGAGUCGACGCGAGGUGCUCGAUGAAAUGGAAAUGCUUUCGGCCUUUACAUCCGUCCUCCAUGUGUCCAAUUUAUCAAGUCCUGAACAUGUGCUGACCGUACUGGAGGACUCCAAGCUAUUUGGGCCCGAGGAGCUGCAAAAUAUUGCCAGAAAUAUGAUAGGGAAGCGUGUGUGCAUUGGCAUUAAGAAGCUAUUGGCGCUCAUCGAUAUGGCUCGGCAAUCGGAGCCGCAUUAUCGUGUCAUCAAGUUCCUCACGAAGAUGGAGGAAGAGGGCGGGUUAGAAAUGGUAGCGAGAUCGCAGUAGCUACCGCCCGUGCUGGAGCUGCGAAUGUCAGUUGUGGAGCUUAACGAUGCUUUCUGAAUGAUGCAGAAAACCAAGCAGCAGGUCCAAAAGUGAAAUGCACCAUUGAAUUAACUAAAAAAGAAAAAGAACAUAGAAUUAUAUAUAACUAUAUAUGUAUAAAUAAUAUUAUACAAAUGUUUAACCGACCAACUGCAUCACGUUUAUAUAGACACACUCACAUUCCACACGAAUCCCAGCGACGUCGACACCUCCUGAGCCUUGUCGAAUGAUUGUCAAAAGUGACAUGUAUUCGUAACUAUAUUAGAUAGAGACAAAUAGUUACCACCUACAUAUAGAUUUAUAUAUCUAUGUAUAACCUUGUAGUCGUAUUGAUUUAUCCGAAAUCCCACUUACAAUUUAUAUUCAUGUGUAUUUUUGUUGUGUAUUAAAUGUAUUCGAAUUUGUAAGCACAAAACGCAAACGCAAUUGUAACUGAAUGUAUUCAGUAUCUAUGGAUAUAUAAAUACCUCGCUUUUCAGUCAAAUUGUGAUGAAAUUUUAUAAUUGUCUACUACUACAAAAUAUGAUAAUGUUUUAUAUAGAUGUUAAGUGUCUAUUUUAACUACGAUUUUGCGAUUUGUAUUUUUCCCUCACUGAAAGAUCUUUUUUGAUAAAGCGCUGAAGUUCACACUAGCGCCAUUUUGCAUAGUUGCGGCUCAUGUCGCAAACUAAAUACUUCACCGCACAAAAGUAGACUAUAACAAAAGUAGAAACAACGCACAAAGGCGCAAGAAAGAGGCGUGGCAAGUUCGAAGUGUACUCGCAAUUGUUAAAAAAUAUUUGAAAUUAACUGCAUAAAUGAACAACACAUGUAAUUAAUGUGCAUUUGAUAACUGUUUACAAGCAGUGAGCGAAAACAAUAAAAAUUGCAUACUUUUAUGGGCAACGAACAGAAAAGAAAAGUGAAGAUUAGCCAACGCAUUUUUCUUUGAAAUAAAUAAAAGCAACUCAGAGUUUCAGAAAAUUUAAAUUUAAGGAAAAACAAGUAAGAAAGUUACAGUCGAGUGUGCUCGACUGUGAGAUACCCGCUACCCAUUUUUAAUAAAGGCAAAAUAUUGCGGUAUCAUUUUGAAAAUAUACCGAAAAUACUUUUAAAAAAAUACUAAAAAUAUACCAAAUGAUAUGUUUAGUAUAUCAAUAUAGUACCGCAUUCAAAAUAUACCAUAGACGGCUCAAUAUACCAGAUUGUCAGCCAAAGUAACUAAGACCCCUAGUAAGUAGGCGUUUUUCCCAUACAAAAGUAUUUCCUAAAUAACUUCGACAAUUUUUAUCUGAUCGCAACCAAAUUUUCAGGAAUCAUAACUACUACAGUAAUUAUUGUAUAUACCAAAAUUCGUAGCUCUAGCUUUAAAAUUACACUUGUUAUUCGAUUUUUUUGAUUUGCGGGGGCGGAAGUGGGCGUGGCAAAAAUUUGAAACAAACUUGAUCUGCGUGCAAACAUAACAAAUGCUGUCGAAAAGAAAUUAUAGCUCUAUCUCUUAUAGUCUCUGAGAUCCAGUGUUUCAUACGGACAGACGGACAGACGGACAGACACACAGACAUACAGACACACAGACACACAGACGGACAGACGGACAUGGCUAGAUCGUCUCGGCUAUUGAUGCUGAUCAAGAAUAUAUAUACUUUAUAGGGUCGGAGAUGCCUCCUUCUACCUGUUACAUACAUUUCCUGCCGGCACAAAGUUAUAAUACCCUUCUACCCUAUGGGUAGCGGGUAUAAAAACACUUUGCGUUUAAAGAAUUAUUUUUUGGAAAAAUUAAAUAUGCAAGAUUAUGCAAAUUAAAUGUUUAUAGAAAUUUACAAUAUGUGGGCAUAUUAUGCAUGUUAAACGUUACACAAACAAAACUAAUCAAUUGAACACGAUGACUAUGCAUUUUUGUGUAUGUAACAAGAAUAUGUACAUCAAUAAAUAUGAAUGAAUAGAAA